AUGGGCUUCCGUGCUCUGCUUUCUGCGGUCCAUCAUCAUAACGAUAGCCUCUUUGCUCUACUUCUUCCUAGUAGUCAACAUCUACACCAGGUUGAUGAGGAUGGUAGGAGUAUUAUAUGGCAUAUGAUUAACUCAAGCUUCUCGCACAUGAUUCCCUUAUCAAAAGUCUUCGAGCAGGGUCUCAAACUUGAUGAUGUCGACGGCUUUGGAGAAUCAUAUUUGCAUUGCGCAGUGCGCAACAAAUCCGUUGACGACACGAUCACUCUGAUCAAUAUGGGAGCAGAUGUCGAUAGGAAAGGUCUUGACGGCACAACAGCAAUGCACCUCGCUGUGCGAAAUACUGAUACGGCCAUGGUUCAAUGCCUGUUGGACCACGGUGCCUCUAUCAAUGCGGCUGAUAAUCAGCAACGAUCACCCAUUCACAGUCUGUUAUUGCAGGCUCCGCAACGUGAUUUAGCAUCUGUCAUUGCGGUCGCUAAGCUAUUACUGUCUCGUGGGGCCUCAACAACGACAAUCGAUAGCGAUGGUUCCACGCCGGUUCAUGCUCUUGCACUAUGGGAUGUCAGUAUGGUCUGCUCACCAGGAUUUGCUUCACUCAUACGCCGAAUGAGCUUAUCAGUUCGUGACAAACUUGGGACGACAAUAUUACAUUCUGCUGCGCGUCUCUUCAAGGAUAAGCUAGUCGCGAUACUUAUUCAGUCAGGGGCAAAGGUUGAUGAUCAGGACAACCAGGGUGCCACUCCUCUACACGCUCUUAUAUCUCAGAUUCGUCUCUUGUCCACGCCCAAUAGCCAUAUCAUUCCCACCACCAAAGCAUUGCUCCAAGCCGGACCAAAGAUGGAUCUGCUGGACAAGUAUAAUCGCACAGCGGUUGGCUUUAUGGUUCUAGUUUGCCAUAAGGAAAUUACCAUUCAUGCCGACAUUCAGUUUGCAGAGCGCCUUUCUGUAUUGAAAUGCAUUCUGCAUCAUUGCUGCAUAGCCUCACCUAAGUAUCCCCCAUUGGUUCAUCCAAUCUCACAUGCUUGGGAAGUAGCAGUGCUCAACAUGCGUUGGUCUAUUGUCCGAGAAAUCCACUUUCUUGGCAAACGGAAUCUCGGCCUUCUUGGCAAGUUGGAUCUCCGCCUUCUAGAGUGGCCUACAGGAAUGCAGUAUCUAUUAUACUCUAUAGAACACGUUGAUCUUUCCGUAUUGCGCUUUUUUCUCGGCAGAGGAUUUGAGCAUUGGUCACCACGUCUUCUGACUAGAGAUGCCACACAGCGUUGGGACCCCAGCUUGGAAAUUUCCAAUACUAACAGGAAUUGGUCACCUGAAAAACAUAUCUUAUGGGAGGCUCAAAUACCAAGAAACCAAGUUCAUACCAGGCGUGGCGAUGAGGACAUCCCACGAGAGAUCCUGGAAUUUCUUGUUAAGAAUAAAGAUUUGUACAAGAUGGGGUCACUAGACGGCGGAUCAACUAUGUACAAACCUGUCUCGUGGGUCCUCGUCGAUCAGUUGGCCACUGCGUGUCAAUCGAGGAGACGUAACCAGCUCAGUCCCAGGCUACAAGUGUCAUCUGUAACAGGUUGUAUUAACGGUGUUUUGGAAGUGCAGUCACAGCCUUCAGCUACAGAGAGCGAUUAA